CCCGGCCCCGCCCCGCCCGGCGCAGGUGAUCCUGGGGAGAGGCCGCGCUCGCCCCUCGGUCCCGGGGGCCUUGGGGACCGCCCCGGGGGCGUCAGGGUCGGGACACUGGAGUGGCGGCGCCUCCCCGUGGUGUCCUCGCGCCUCUCCCGGGCCUGGGUCCUUUUUGGGAUUCCGGGUCUGGCACCUCGGGGACGCUCAGUCCAGCAGGCCACCUAUGCCAGGUCAGACUUCUCCAAGGGCAGAAAGGGAUAAGGGACCUUCGAGAUACCCCGGGACAGAUGCAGGCCAACCAAGCCAUAGGUCACCCGCCACAUCAGACUGCCUUUGCCCACACCUACUGUGAGGGAUUUAGGAACAGAACCGUCACUAGCCUCCCCCGUAAAGAGUUGACUAUGGUCGGUCAUCUGAGCCCAGCCCAGCGAGGCAGGAGUAUGAAAGGGCUCAAGGCAACCUUCCGUCUUUCCAGAAAUGAAGUCUUCACUGGUCAGUCAGGAAUUUUCUGGUCAGCACCAGAAAAAGUGAGGAAAUCUGUCGCAUGGGCCCUCUCUAUCCCCCAAAGGGAGAUGAGGCAAACCAUUGCGAACCUGAAUCAAGGAAACCUCGUUUGGAAUGGAGUCAGGAGGCCAGAAGGGGAAGCUCUCACCCUCUACCACUCCUCAUCUAAUCAAUAGGAAGAGGCAAUACCUUGCAUUCCCCCCAGAAAGAAGCCUGGAUGUUCCUUCCCCGGCAUGAGGAAGGAAGAUUUUCUCCUUGCCUGGCAACAGCCUAGCCAAUGAGAGACUGUCACAGCUCAGCCGAUGAAAAGCCACUACACUUAGAACUCCCAGUUUCCUACAGUGGAAUUUUUGUUUAUAACAGCCCUUCCCAACUCCCUGCCUCUAUAAAAGGUUCUUCUUUGUUCUCUGGACUUCCCUAUGGUUUUGCCAUAGCUUGAGUGUCCCUGAGUUGCAAUUCUCUGCUCUUCCUGAAUAAACCUAUUUU